GUACGGGCCAAGGUUUUACCAGGAGCUCAAGCAAAGGCCCUUCCACUGCCUUUGAAUCUUUAAUUCAAAAACAGGACCUUCCGUUUAAUUGUUUCGUCCUCACUCUCUCUCUCUCUCUAAAAACCUUAUUCACAACUACCCGACGAUGUUGUUUUUUAAUCGAUGUACACCAGAAUGGGUGGACAAAAGGGUGACCAGGCCAGGAGCAAGGCACGCCCUUCAAGCAGCAGCCUUGCGGCUUCUUUAUUGCCAUCGAGGAUAGCAAUGGAGUGAGAGAAGAUGGUGGUGGUGUAUUGGAGGUUGAAGGUUUGCCUUUGAUGGAGUCAAAAUCGAGCCCCCCAAAAAAGUUCUAAUUUUAAUGAGUGAUACUGUUGGGGGUUAUAGAGUCUCGGCUGAAGCUAUUAAGGCUACUUUUAAUGAGGAAUUUGGGGACGAUUAUCAGGUGUUUGUUACGAAUUUAUGGUCGGAUCAUACACCCUGGCCAUUUAAUCAAUUACCCAAGAGCUAUAACUUCUUGGUCAAACUUGGAUCCUUGUGGAAAAUGACUUAUUAUAUAUCUGCUCCUAGGGUGGUUCAUCAAUCUAAUUUUGCUGCAACUUCAACGUUUAUAGCUAGGAGAACUGUAAGGACAGAAACAUUUGAGAUUUUCUUGAAGCUCAAGUUUAGUGAUGGUUGUAGUUGUCUUAGCACCCAAAUCAAAACCCCUUUUAAUUUUCAGGUGAGGAGAUAUAGAAUUUAUUUACUCAUUAUUCAUUUCAUAUUUUAGUAGUUGUUAGUUCUUGCUCAUUUAUGUCAAUUUCAAUUCUGCAACUUGUAACAAAGGCUUCAUUGCUCUAGUUCAACCUACUUCUCAAGGCCUAAUACUUGAGGAUGAUGGAAGUUCCCCUGAUUUUGAGCAAAAUGUUGACUCCAUAUUUAUUGUUAAAACCUGGGUUGCCUGGCAAAGCAGUUGUUUAUUUUUAGAAUUACACUAAUUCUUUUUGCUUUUAACUUAAUUAUCUAAUUGUGUAUUUUAUGUUACGCAGAUGAUUCUCUGUAAAAAUCUAUGAUGGGACCACUUACUUUGGGGAAUUGUUUAUUUACUUUGAGCACCAUGUUUGUAGACAUUCAAUCAUAGUCAUUAAUUUUUUUUUUUUUGGAUUUGGUACAAUGAUGUUAGAUUUUGACUUAUUUAAAUAUGUGGAUUA